AUGCUCUCCGACAUUUUCAACCAAGGAUUGGUUUGGCUUGCAGCCGCGCUGUUCUCUGCAGUUGGUACGGGAAUUUGCAGUGGCUCUACAAGCCUAACUAUUGUCAUAAUUGGAAGAAUGCUGCAAGGAAUCGGUGGAGGGGGCGUCUUGGCUUUAUGCUUUGUUGUCGUGCAGGGGACCACACCAGAGUCAAUCCAUUCCCGGUAUUCUUGCUGGAUACAGCUAGCUCAACUCUUUGGAUUCAUGCUUGGUCCUAUAAUUGGCGGCUUGAUUGCUGAUAAUAUGGAUUGGAGGACGGCAUUUUAUCUUAAUUACAUAUUUUGCUGUCCGUGUUUGAUGGUUAUCCCCGUCGCUUUUCCAUUCGGUGAAGUUAUCGAUGAGCUGAAACGUGAGUCGUUCCGAAAUAUGCGCAAGCCUGACUGGUCUGGGGCUACGAUGGCCUCUGUGGGGCUUACGGCUAUACUUGUUGGAGUUGGUUGCAUUGGCACCUCUUAUGGGUGGGAUCAUUGGCAAAUAUGGGCACCCAUUGCGCUUGGUAUCCUUGCAAUUAUUGUGUUGAUCUUUUACGAAUCAAAAUGGGCUUGUUAUCCGCAGUUUGGUGCAGAGACUUUCCGUAGCCUGCCAACUAUUAUGACAUACAUGGGAUGCUUUUGUCAUGGCUUUGUGUUCAUCUGUCAGAUGCAAAUGCUCACACUUUACUUCAUGUGUACACGAUACUUCUCUGCAACAGUAUCUGGUGUGGCCUUAUUUGGCAUUACUGGAUUCGCAGCCACACCAGCAGCGGUUGUGGGGGUACUGCUUGCAAAGGAAUAUUAUUGCUCGAAGUGGAUCAUAUCCGGUGGUUGGAUCUUGACAACAACUAUAGCUGGUUGCUCGAUUCUUCUGAACAGCAUCACUCCUACAGUAGGAUGGGUGAUUCUCCUCCUAACAUCUGGGUUAGGGCAUGGGCUACUCUUUUCGAGCUAUAAUAUUCGCAUUCAAAAUAUGCCAAGAAAGGAUGAGGCUGCCUCUUCGACCCAGCCUACUUUCGUAUCUCUUUUCGCGCGGGCAUGGGGUAUGGCGUUCGCCAUUCCCGUUGGAGCUCUCGUUUUCUUAAAUUGCUUUGGUAAUCAGCUUCAAAGUAUGGGUUUUAGCUCGGAUCUUACCAAUACUUCGAGAGGAUACUUGGCUUUGAUGGAUCAGGUCAUAAUGACUGAUGACGGAAGAGAGGCUAUAAAGCAUGGCUCGGUAUUUGCUUUGCAAGUCGUAUGGGAAGUUAUUGCGGGAGUCGCUGUUUUCGGCGGCAUUUCUUCAGCAUUCCUGUGGAGGAGCCGGGAAAGUUACGACAAGCGCAGUGGAUGA